ACCCGCUCCGAUUUGUGGCGAACAAUUCGUCGGUCAAUCAUGUGGCUUACCCUGCUGGCGCUGGCCGGCAGUCUCCGACUCUGCUCUGCGGAUGCCGGGAACGGAUACGAUUCGGGUUACGUCAGCUACUACCUAUACACCCGGGCCAAUCCUGACCAGCCUCACCGUCUGUACGUGGACGAUGCGGCCGGAGUGCGAGAUUCCCAUUUUAAUGUCUCCCGACCGACCAAAAUCAUCAUCCAUGGAUGGAUGAGAUCCUAUUUGCAGAUACCCAACCCUCAGAUCCGGCCUGCCUACCUGGCACACGGCGACUACAAUCUCAUCUCGAUGGACUGGUCAUAUUUGGCUGCCCUGAACUAUAUAGACUCCCAGCCGCUAGCCCCCUGGGUGGGAUCCCAGUGUGCCGAGUUUGUCCGUUUUUUGGCCAAGGAUAUUGGCUUGAAGACCGAAGAAUUGUUGCUGAUAGGCCACAGCUUGGGUGCCCAUGUGGCGGGAUUCUGCGGUAGAGAGCUCCAACGGAUCACCAACGGCGAAGUGCGUCUUGGCUAUAUAGUAGCCCUGGACGCUGCUCUGCCCUUGUACGCGUUUGUGAAGCCAAUCGACCGGGUGUCCAUCUUUGAUGCCGACUACGUGAUGGCCGUGCACACGAAUGCCCUGGUAAAGGGCGCCGUCCUGCCUCUGGGCCACGCCGAUUUCUAUGUCCAUGGGGGUCAGCUGCAGCCCGGAUGUGGCAUCGAUAUAUACGGGAGUUGCUCACACGCCCGGGUCGCCUACCUCUAUGCGGAGGCAGUCAUGCAGAAAUCCAGCUUCGCGCCCUACGGCCUGUGCCGGAACUAUGCUGAGUUGAUGGUGGGGUUCGGUUCCUGCCCACGCCAUCCCAAUGACCAGGUGCGUCUGGGCGAUCCCUUGGAAGUGGGACGAGCGAUUGGCAUCAUCACCUUUGGCACUAAUCCGUCGCCGCCGUUCGGCCGCUUGUUGGAACCAUGAACGAUAAAAAACAAUCCAUUGGCGGUACAAAAA